GCUGUCAGUCCAAAGUUCGCUUACGACGACGAGGCAUGGAAAAUUUUUUAUUUGCACACGCGUGAACAGUUUUUUCAGCCCCAAGUGCAUUCCGUUGUGUAAGGAAAGUUGCAGAAAUCUGUCGCGAAAAGGAAGGGAAAAUCGAUUUUUCUUCACCAAUUCGCAGCAGUACUCAGUGCGAUUACUCAUCCAGACGCGAGUAGAGUGAUUAGUGUGUGACGUAAAGUUCGGGAAUUGCUUAAUAUUACCAGCAUUAGCGUUCGGUAGUGAAAUCUUAGCUGAAGAGUCAUCACUCAGCAGCAGCAGCACACGGGACAUCGAAAUCGAUCGAUAAGUGAUUUCCCAGCAGUAGCAGCAGGAGUGAGUAAGCAGCGGCAGUAGCAGCAGCAGCUGGACAAGCACAUCAUGCUCGGUGCUUCAUUUCACAACAUUGCUAGCGACUUUGAUGCCCGAGUGGAUAAAAACGAAAAUCGUCUGUACAAAACGACUGGCAUAGCCAAAGGUACUUUUAUUGCGAGUGAAACAAUCUGUCCCGUAACAGGUUUGCCUAUCGUAGUGCCGCAACCUCAGGGGAGAAGAUCCUGAUUUCUGUCGACGACGUCGACGUGAGCCGCGAACAGAGUGAAACACAGCGGGCCAGGCACUGAUUGCAAUUUUUGACUUUGCUACUAAAUCAUAAAAUAAGUGUGGGAGAGAACAAUUUCGAAACGGCUUACGGCUCAAAACUUGUUAAGUCAAAAUAGACGAAGAAAAAAAAAAAGUAAAACCUACACGCUAGUAGAGAAAGGUGCGCAUAGAAGCUGGUUUUAAAUUUAGAGAAGCAAAUAGGAAAACGGUAGGAUUUUCUGUUGAGUUGCAGUUGAACAGUGGAAGCAGGCUGAAGUCGUUUCCGUCGAGUGGCAAAGAAAAGUGCAGCAGCGCCAAGAUGCCGCGGAAUCGCAAGAAACAUCUCGCCAAUGGCUACUCGCACCACAACGUGGAAUCCGAUGACGAACUGUCCAACGACGCCGGCAGCGUGUACUCUUACCAGUCGGAGAACGCUAACGAUGCGUCCAACAACAACAACAACUUCGAUGGCGACCAGCCGGAUCAAACCGGCGGAGGCGGUUUGGAAAAAUACGAGGAGAAACUGCUGCAGGCUAUCGAGAACGCCUCGGACAAAUCGCUCCAGACGCGCAUCAACGCGUUCCAGGUGAUCAACGAGGUGCUGGUCCACCACUACAUACCGGACUUUAUCGACGACCGCAAGAUGACCCUGAUGGACGCAAUCGAAAAGUCAAUCAAGAAGGGCAAAGGUUCCGAGCAGUCGUGGGCGGCUCGGAUCAUUCCACUGUUGGUGAUUCAACUGGACGGCGCCGAUGAUAUUAACGAACUGAUAAAAGUGCUGAAACCGGUGCUGGUGGCGACCGCGCUGGACACGGCCGCUUCCUAUGAUGCCCGGGCCAAGUGCUGCAUGGCACUGGGAUUGAUGAACUUUCUCGCUUCGGACGACCCGGGCGAUCUACUGCCACUGAUGAAAAAUUUUGAAACCAUCUUCUCCGGAAGCUAUCUGAAGGGCGACAGCAGUCCGAGCACGGCCGGUAUUGACGCUGCCACACUGCACAGCUCCGCGCUCAGUGCUUGGGCUCUACUGCUAACACAGAUCCCCUCCGGUGAUCUCGUAACCAUGGUCACCAGUGGAAGUGCUCUAAUCCCUUCAAUCAAAAAACUAACUGGAAUGCUUCAAAGCUCCCACCUGGAGGUCCGCAUGGCUGCCGGAGAGACACUGGCUCUUAUCUUGGAAAGUGGCCGUUCACACGACGAAGAAUUCCUGGCCGAAGAGCUAAACGAUCUGAUCGAAGCCACCCAAAAGUUGGCCACCGAUGCUCACAAAUAUCGCGCCAAGCGUGACCGCAAGGUACAACGGGCCACCUUCCGGGAUGUGCACCGCUACCUGGAAGAGGACAUCUCACCGGAAAUCUCCAUCAAGUUUGGCAAGGAAACGCUGCUCCUGGACACCUGGUCACUGCACCAUCAAUACAUCUGCCUGCGUAAUGCGCUCGGCUUCGGUAUGCACGUUCACCUGUCGGAGAAUGGCUUUCUGCGCGAUGUUCUCGAGCUCGGUGCCAAGAUGGACGAACAGGAACGCAACUCCAAGAUAGCUAAAGCGGAGAAAAAGUUUAUCAAUGCUGCCGCUUUCAAGGCACGAUCGAUCACGCGUGGCAAAAAUCGCGAUAAACGGUCCGCUGUUAUCAACUGAACCUAACACCUAGUGAUGGCUGUAAAUAAGUGUGAUUAACUAUUUUUUUUGUCUCAAGAAAACAAAAACAACCGUUCAAUUAUUUUCAUACUUCGUUUAGUUUAGGUCAUUCAAAUCUUAUUUGUACACUUGGUGCUUGAAUGAAUUUCCUUAGCGGUGUUUGAAGUGUUUUUAAACAAUACGAUACAAUCCGUAGAAUGGUUCAAAUUUUUUUGGAGCAGCCCAAAUUCCUUGUGGAGCAGCAUUACUGAAAAAACGGUUAGUUUUUAGACUCGACACAAUAAUCCCUAAAUAAACAAUGACCAGUGGUGCCCAUUUUGUCUUCAACCGUAGCAGCUUUUCUCUAGGUAAAACAAUAAAUUUCGUAUAGUAGGAAGCAAAACGAAAGACGUUUUCUGGUGGAAGAAAGUAGAUGUCAUCCCUCUCCCUACCAUGUUUACUAGUGUUGUACUGCAAACAAACCCGUAACCCGUGACCGAUAUAGUAAACUAUCCAAUUGCGUGUAGGGAAGGAGUUCCGUGUAAUACUAUUAUUAUUAUUAUUAUAGCCCAAAACCAGUUAGUGUGCGUAAUAAACGAUUAAAAUAAAGUAAUCCGUGCAUCGCAAAUCGA